GCGGUGCUGCCCGCCCGGCGCUCGCACUGCAGCCCGGCGCUCGGCCCAGCACAGACCCGCCUUCAGCAGCCCGCCCCUUCCCUUCCUCCGCCUGGGUCCUGUCCGUGUGUGUGGAGUCCUAGCCCGCCGACACCAUGGAUGCCAUCAAGAAGAAGAUGCAGAUGCUGAAGCUCGACAAGGAGAACGCCCUGGACAGAGCCGAGCAAGCCGAAGCGGACAAGAAGGCGGCGGAGGACAGGAGCAAGCAGUUUGAGGAGGACAUUGUGCAAUUGGAAAAGCAAUUGCAUGUGACCGAGGAUACGAGGGACCAAGUGCUGGAGGAGCUGCACAAGGCUGAGGAAAGCCUCUUCUCAGCAGAAGAGAAGGCCACCAAGGCUGAGAGCGAUGUAGCUUCUCUGAACAGACGUAUCCAGCUGGUUGAGGAAGAGCUGGAUCGUGCUCAGGAGCGUUUGGCAACUGCUCUGCAGAAGCUGGAGGAGGCUGAGAAGGCAGCAGAUGAGAGUGAAAGAGGAAUGAAGGUCAUUGAGAACAGAGCCCAGAAGGAUGAGGAGAAAAUGGAAAUCCAGGAGAUCCAGCUUAAAGAGGCCAAGCACAUUGCUGAGGAGGCUGACCGCAAGUAUGAAGAGGUGGCUCGUAAGCUGGUGAUCAUUGAGAGCGAUCUGGAGCGUGCUGAGGAACGUGCUGAACUCUCAGAAGGCCAAGUCCGACAGCUGGAAGAACAAUUAAGAAUAAUGGAUCAAACCCUGAAAGCAUUAAUGGCUGCAGAGGAUAAGUACUCACAGAAGGAAGACAAAUAUGAAGAGGAGAUAAAGAUCCUGACUGACAAACUGAAGGAGGCUGAGACCCGUGCUGAAUUUGCUGAGAGGUCAGUAACCAAGCUGGAGAAGAGCAUCGACGACUUAGAAGAUGAGUUAUAUUCUCAGAAACUGAAGUACAAAGCAAUCAGCGAGGAGCUGGACCACGCUCUCAAUGAUAUGACUUCCAUAUAAAUUUCUUUGCUUCACCUCUCCAAAGAUAUCUUCAUCAAGCUGGAUAAACCACCUUUCCAAGCUCUUGGAUGUUUCAUGGGUUCACUGUCCUGUCCUCCAGCUUAUUCUUUGCUUUUAGCAUCCUGACUCAGGACAUUGCUCUCUUUGUGCCUUCUAUUGUACAGAAACUCUACUUCUUUCAAUGUAAAAUAAACAUCCCACUGUGUCAGAUGUAUCCCUUUUGCUAUUCCUUUGCCUUUUAUUUAUUUAAAUUAUCAUUUCAACUAUCAAUCAGAUUAAAAAUCUGCUUUUUUUUGCCAUUAAGGAUUAAUUUUUGAUUUUCUUUUCUUUCUUUUUCUGCUGCUCCUUCCUCCCCCUCCUCACUGACCCCAACAAACAUCUUGCUAGAAUAUCAAACAAUGCAGAAUUUCAAAAUGAAAAAUACCAGUCUGUGGCAUAAGAAUGCUAAUCUUGGCUAUCUUAAAUUGGUCGCUUUUGUAACGCAAACCUCAUUUUCUCUCAAAUUAAAAUUCAGAUGAUAUGACUUUUUCUUAGAGUUUAGUGGUUUUUUAGUCUUCUUGUUAAGCCAAAAUCUGCAAGGACACAGCUCCCACUAGGGUCAUUCGGUCGUGGGAACAUAGCUGAGAGUAUAGUUUGGUCCUUAAGUGCUUGACAGUUGUGUUUUUUCUAGAGAGUCCAAAAUUUCCUACUAGCUUGAAGUCUUGAUAUGGAAGACUUCCUGCAUUAUAUAAGUUUGUUGUUUAACUUCUAGUAAAAGAACUUUUAAAGGGAUAGCGUCAGGUGAAAAAUCCUAUGUUUUCUUUUUCUUUCCAAAAUAAGAUAACUAAAUGUCCUUAUCUGUGUUCAUUAACAAUGUGGGUUAUGGAAUUUUAAAAAUUGAUUUAUCUAUCACCAUAGGUACUGUAAGUUUACUUUUUACAUUCACUGGAUGAAAACAUAUAGUUUCACUUUCAUUCUUAGUUCACAAACUGCUAGCACAAAGCUGCAAGUUCCAGUUGCAGAGACUUCAGGGGAAUGUUUUUAAAUCUGAACCAAAAAAAUGUGUCAUUGUCAUGUAUAAUUAAAUUAUUUCCAUUGAUCUCAGGUUUUGUAAAAUUUUGUCUGACAAAACCUAAAUGAUGGGUUCAGAUUGACCUGACAGUGUUCCUUUUAAAUACAAAACACUAAAUAUUGACGUUUCUUGCUCUCCUACUGUAAUGUACAACUAAGCCUUAAUGCUGCUUCAGAAGGACUUACGUUCAUUGUAACUAUUUUACCUUAAUUUCCUUCGUAAUGGAAAAAGUCCUUUUUUUAAACAGCUUUACAUUAAAGUGAAUAUCAAUUUAAA